AUGUUGUGGAAACGUACUUGCGGGAGGCUAAUAAAGCCUAUUGCACAACCUAGAGGAAGACUGCUGAGAAGAUCAUGCUACAGAUACGCCUCAACGGGCACAGGCAGUGCCGAAAGUAGCAGCCAGUGGUUAAAGUAUUCCGUCAUCGCCUCUUCAGCUACGCUGUUCGGUUAUUUGUUCGCCAAGAACCUCUACUCUCGGGAGACCAAGGAGGACUUGAUAGAGAGAUUGGAAAUGGUCAAAAAGAUUGAUCCGGUGAAUUCUACGUUAAAGCUGUCCUCAUUGGACUCGCCUGACUAUCUACACGACCCAGUCAAGAUUGAUAAAGUUGUCGAAGACUUGAAAAACGUGCUGGGAAACGAUCCUGAAAACUACUCUGAUGCGAAAUCCGAUUUGGAUGCCCAUUCAGAUACGUACUUCAACACACAUCAUCCCUCUCCCGAGCAAAGACCUAGGAUUAUAUUAUUCCCUCAUACUACCGAAGAAGUUUCCCAAAUUUUGAAAAUAUGUCAUGAUAACAACCUCCCAGUGGUGCCGUUCUCGGGCGGAACCUCCCUGGAGGGGCAUUUCCUGCCCACAAGAAUUGGGGAUACCAUAACUGUGGACUUAUCUAAGUUUAUGAACAGUGUCGUAAAAUUUGACAAGCUGGAUUUGGACAUCACCGUGCAAGCCGGUCUACCCUGGGAAGAUUUGAAUGACUUUUUGGGCGAGCACGGCUUGAUGUUUGGUUGCGACCCUGGUCCAGGUGCUCAGAUCGGUGGUUGUAUUGCUAAUUCAUGUUCCGGAACCAACGCCUACCGUUAUGGUACCAUGAAGGAAAAUAUUAUAAACAUGACUGUAGUGUUGCCGGACGGUACCAUCGUUAAGACGAAGAAAAGACCUAGAAAGUCGAGUGCUGGUUACAAUCUAAAUGGGUUGUUUGUGGGGAGUGAAGGUACCUUAGGUAUUGUCACUGAGGCUACUGUUAAAUGUCAUGUCAAGUCCAAAGCAGAAACUGUUGCUGUGGUAUCCUUCGAUACCAUCAAAGAUGCAGCAGCGUGCGCCUCUAAUCUGACUCAGAGUGGUAUUCAUUUGAACGCCAUGGAGUUACUGGAUGAAAACAUGAUGAAAUUGAUCAACGCAUCAGAAUCUACGGACAGAUGUGAUUGGGUCGAGAAACCAACUAUGUUUUUCAAGAUUGGUGGGAGAUCUUCCAAGAUCGUCGAUGCUCUUGUGGAUGAAGUUAAAGCUGUCGCCCAGUUAAAUCACUGCAACAGUUUCGAGUUUGCCAAAGACGAUGACGAAAAAUUAGAAUUAUGGGAAGCUAGAAAGGUCGCGCUAUGGUCUGUGCUAGAUGCAGACAAGAGCAAAGACAAAUCUGCAAAAAUCUGGACGACUGAUGUAGCUGUUCCUGUGUCCCAGUUCGACAAGGUUAUCCACGAAACUAAAAAGGACAUGCAAGCUAGUAAAUUGAUCAACGCUAUUGUCGGUCAUGCAGGUGAUGGUAACUUUCAUGCAUUCAUCGUCUACAGAACCCCUGAAGAACACGAAGCUUGUAGCCAGCUUGUUGAUAGAAUGGUCAAGAGAGCACUGGAUGCAGAAGGCACAUGCACAGGUGAACAUGGGAUUGGUAUUGGUAAAAGAGAGUACUUGCUGGAAGAACUAGGUGAGGCUCCUGUCGAUUUGAUGAGAAAGAUUAAGCUAGCUAUUGAUCCAAAGAGGAUCAUGAACCCGGACAAGAUCUUUAAAAUUGAUCCAAAUGAGCCUGCUAAUGAUUACAGGUGA